AUGUCUUGCCCACAGCCCUACGAUUUGCGAGCCGCCUCAUGUCCUGCUGACUUGGUUCUUUCGAAAGAGGAAUGCUCGCACUAUCACACCUAUCAGCGUCAGUGCCGAGAGCCUCAGGAGCUCAGAGUGAUUAACUAUGCGAAAGACUACCGCGCGUUUCAAGAUUAUUAUUCCAACAAGGUUAACUCUCGACGUGCUUUGUCUCGCUUCGCCGGAUUCGUAGAAAUGGGCAUUUUUGCUAAUAAAAAGGCAGCAAAAUGCAAGCAUCCUUUACACCCUGUUGCCACCAAAGUGGACGAUUAUUGUCCUGUAUGCCAAGUGCGUAUGUGCCUUGACUUUCUGGAUUUAAUUCAACAGGCCUGGAGCUGGCUCGGUGGACCUUAUCAACCAGUCUGCUGGAUACCAAAGAAUGCCAAAGAGCAAAGAGAUAGGACCUCCUAUGAUCGACUCGGAAGUGCGUGGCGCAAAGCGAAGCUUGAGCUCUUAGGAACGGUUGAUCAGCUGAGGGACAAAAUGGUUACUGAACAGGCGGUAGAAGAUAAGAGUCUGGACGCCUAUAUCUACGAACCCUUCUCCGCGAAACGCGCCUUGGAACUGUCAGAACAAGGAUGGACAGACCCAACGCCAUAUAUGACUGAUCAAGAGAUUCUUGAGUGGUACAACGGCAAUUUAUUCAUCAUGACUAAUUUCCGCGUAGCUUCAAGACUGUCCGGAAAGAAGGUUCAUUUCACUGACGAUACUAAUUUCGAUUCAGGUCGCGGAAGGUGUAGCAUAUUUCGUCGAGGACAUAGCGACUAUAAGCCUGGAAAGUAUGCUUGCCCUGACAAGAAAAAUUACCUAAAUACGAGCAUGUACGGAGUCAAUGAUUUCAACAGCCAACAGCUCAAGACGAUUGCAGGUUCUACUUAUGAAUUAAAUCACGGGCGGCCGAAAACACAAGGAAAAUAUGUCGUAGGCCCACUAGUCGGCUGCCAUAAGCAAGAAUACAAGAUCUGUGAAGCGGCGAAAGCGUCUCAAAAACGAAUUCCUGAUAUCUGGAAGGCAUGCUUCACUGAAGCGGAUGCGCUUUACAUUGCAUUCAAUGAAGACGGGAAAAUUGAGAUUGUAUUUCCUAUCGAAACCCACAAGGGUGUUUUCAACUGGAUACCAGAUGGUCGAAGGCCGUCAAGGUGGACCAAUCGAAUGGACUAA